AUCUUUUUCAAUCCCAGCCAAACUCCAACUCCUUUUGUGACCAAAAAUACAUAUUUUUGGGGUCAAACACCUAUCAAGUUGCCACAAUGGCCGUGAUGUCAUAACAAUUACAAUAUUUAUACAAAACACAAACUAUACUAUAAUAAGGGGCAACAUCAACAUCUUGCAUUCCAGUAGCUCACAAGCAGAGAAAAAAUGGCUUCAAUCGGAGCAAAUCUGAAAAAGCCCCAUGCUGUGUGCAUUCCAGCACCAUCUCAGGGACACAUUACCCCUAUGCUUCAACUUGCCAAAAUCCUUCACCACCGAGGUUUUUACAUCACUUUUGUAAACACUGAGUACAACCACAGACGCCUGCUCAAAUCCAGGGGGCCUAAUUCCCUGGAUGGCUUGCCUGAUUUCAAAUUUGAGUCCAUCCCGGACGGCCUGCCUUCCUCUGACGCCGAUUCUACUCAGGACAUUAAGUCCCUUUGUGAGGCCAUGUCCAAGCACUUCAUAGUCCCUUAUUCUGCGCUUCUCUCUAAGCUUCAAUACUCUGCCUCCCCGGAUGUCCCUCCGGUGUCUUGCUUAGUCUCCGAUAGCGUCAUGACCUUCACUAACGAAGCCGCCGAGCAGUUUGGCCUCCCGAACGUGUUUCUCUGGACGGCUAGUGCUUGUGGAUUGUUGGGGUUCAACCAAUUUCGACCCCUAAUUGAAAAGGGAUACAUUCCAUUAAAAGGUACUCUGUACUAGCUAGCUCUGUUUCGUCUGACUUUUAAUUACUCUGUUUCUUAGAUUUGUACUAAAACUAGUACAAAUUUUAAAACUCAAUGUGGACUAUUUUCUUUGGGACGGAGGUAGUAUAAUGCAUUUUGAUUUGCAGACAUGUCUCAAGUAACAAAUGGAUACCUGGAAACAACACUUGAUUGGAUUCCAGGCAUGAGACCUGAUAUAAGAUUGAGGGAUCUUCCGA